GGGGGGAGCUCGCGUUCCGAGUGAUGAGAGGGAGUGGAUGAGGGGGACCGAGAUGGCGGGAGGAGCGGAGGAGGAGCUGGAGAGGAGGAGCAAGUUCCUGAGCGGCCUGAUACAGAAGAAGAAGGCGGUGGAGCAGCAGGAGCAGCACGAUCGGCUCAACGUCCGCGUGCGGGCGGCGGACAUGCCGGCCCCCCUGCAGGACAAGGCCUUCCGCUGCGCUCGCGAUCACCUGGACGCCAUGCGCGGUGGCAAGCUCGACAGCAAGCGCAUCGCUCUCGCGCUCAAGAAGGAGUUCGACUGUUCAUACGGUCCAGCUUGGCACUGCAUUGUGGGAACUAGCUUCGGAUCUUACGUCACACACUCACUUGGAGGCUUUUUGUACUUCUCAAUUGAUAAGGUUUACAUCCUUCUCUUCAAGACAGCAGUUGAGCCCUUGGACCAUUGAUUCUACCUGGACAUUCUGUGUCUUGUUUGUCAUGACAAGCUUUUCUACCUAGAUUAGUAGGUAUAAUUGUGGUUUGUGAAAACUUCCAAGCCUCAACUUCCAUGGUAUUCGUCACGAACUGCUUGCCAGCGGACUAGUGACUACCAAUUCUUGUGAUAAUUUUCCAUGUCGGAUUGAAUCUUAAUCAUCUAUCUGGUGUCUUAACAUA